GCUGGGGAGGAGACGCCCCUCCGUGUGCAGCAGCCCGGGCAGGAGCCCUUGGUGUUUGCACACGGGCCAUGGCCGGGGCCGGGAGCGCAGCGUGGAGGCUGCUGCAGCCCUGCAGCCCGCGGGGCAGCGCGGAGCCCCCACGAGAGCAUUGGGCCCCUCUGGGAAAAGAGAGAGAAGCAGCCAAAGCCGAGGAGCAGCAGCAAAGCGAGGAGCUGCUGAAACAGACAGAAGCUGAGAGGCAGAAGAUGGUCUGGGAGUGGCAGGAGCUGCGAGGGUUUCUGGAGGAGCAGGAGCAGCGGCUGCUGUCCCAGCUGGAAGAGCUAGAGAGAGCCAUUGUCCAGAGAAGGGAUGAGGGCAUCUGCAGACUGUCCUGGGAGAUUUCCCUGCACAGUGAGCGGGGAGGAGAGAAGGGGCAGCAGUUGCUGAGCCAGCCCCUGCAGGACUCCAAUGGCGAUUCCCCUGCAGAGCAGGAGAGCUCCCCAGCCUGGGACAACCCCUCUGACUUGCCUCUUCUUUCUCUCCUUCUCCAGGGUGCUGGGAGCACUGGGAGUAGCAGGGAGGAUGGGACAUUUUGGAAGCUGGAGCCAGGGUUUGUGGAGCUGGAGAAGAGACUCAGCGAUUUCUCUCUGAAAAGUGCCAUGCUGCAGGAGGUGCUGCUGGGAUUCAAAGAGAUGCUGCGACUGGAGCUGGGGAGCAACACAGGCUGCAGAAUAACACCCCCUUUUAGCUCCAGAUUACCCCAUCCUCCAAGGAGAUGGGGAAGGGAAAUGGCUGCAGAAGAGCAGGCUCAGGGGCUGGUGACCUUUGAGGAGGUGGCGGUGUAUUUCACUAGGGAAGAGUGGGCGCUGCUGGACCCCGAUCAGAGAGCCCUCUGCAGAGACGUCAUGCAGGAGAAUUAUGAGAAUGUGACCUCGCUGGCAGGGUUUCCAGUUUCCAAACCUGAUAUAAUCUGCCAGCUGGAACAAGGGGAGGAGCCAUGGGUCACAGACCUCCAGGAUUCAGAAGAGAGAGAGAUCCUGAGAGCUCCCUGCACAGGUGAUGCAAUGGCAUGUGAGAAAGAGGAGCAGAAUUCUCAGCAGGAAGAUGCUGGGCAAGUGGAUAAACAUGGAGCAUUAUUGCAAAGAUCAAAAAGGAAUGUGUCCAGGAGUCAUGAGCAGGGAAAAUCCUGUGAGAUUCAGCACAGACUAGAGAGGGAGCAGGGAAACCAGCCAGGGGAGAAAGUGGAUAAAUAUAUUUACUGUCAGGGAACUCAGAAGAACCUCAGGGAAACCACAACCCAGCAGGAAAUCCUCAUGGGAAAGAGAAAAAAUACAUGCAUGGAGGGUGAGAAGAACUUAAGUGACUACUCAGCCCUUAUUAAAUGUCAGAGAAUCCACACAGGGGAGAGGCCGUAUGAAUGCCGUGAGUGUGGGAAAACCUUCAAUCACAGCUCGCACCUUAUUAGGCAUCAGAGAAUCCACACAGGAGAGAGGCCGUAUGAAUGCCGUGAGUGUGGGAAAAGCUUCAGUUGCAGCUCACAUCUUAUUACCCAUCAGAGAAUCCACACAAUGGAGCGGCCCUAUGAAUGCAGUGAUUGUGGGAAAAGCUUCACUAACAGAUCAACCCAUCGUAAUCAUCAGAGAAUCCACACAGGGGAGAGGCCCUAUGAAUGCAGUGAGUGUGGGAAAAACUUCACUGAGAGAUCAGGCCUUUUUCGACAUCAGAGAAUUCACACAGGAGAGAGGCCCUAUGAAUGCAAUGAGUGUGGGAAAAACUUCAUUCACAGAUCAGGCCUUGUUCAACAUCGGAGAAUCCACACAGGGGAGAGGCCCUAUGAAUGCAGUGAGUGUGGGAAAACCUUCAUUCGGUGCUCAAGCCUUGUUAGUCAUCAGAGAAUCCACAGAGGGGAGAGGCCCUAUGGAUGCAGUGAGUGUGGGAAAAGCUUCAGUCAACGCUCAAGCCUUGUUAGUCAUCAGAGAAUCCACACAGGGGAGAGGCCCUAUGAAUGCAGUGAAUGUGGGAAAACCUUCAACUGCAGUUCACACCUUAUUAAACAUCAGAGAAUCCAUACAGGAGAGAGGCCCUAUCAAUGCACUGAGUGUGGGAAAAACUUCACUAACAGAUCAACUCAUCUUAAUCAUCAGAGAAUCCACACAGGGGAGCGGCCCUAUGAAUGCAGUGAGUGUGGGAAAAACUUCCCUCACAGAUCACAUCUUAUUACCCAUCAGAGAAUCCACACAGGAGAGCGGCCUUAUGAAUGCAGUGAGUGUGGGAAAAGCUUCACUAACAGAUCAAGCCAUCUUAAUCAUCAGAGAAUCCACACAGGAGAGAGGCCCUAUGAAUGCAGUGAGUGUGGGAAAAACUUUCCUCACAGAUCACACCUUAUUUCCCAUCAGAGAAUCCACACAGGGGAGAGGCCCUAUGAAUGCAGUGAGUGUGGGAAAAGAUUCAGUAACAGAUCAACCCAUCUUAAUCAUCAGAGAAUCCACACUGGGGAGAAGCCCUAUGAAUGCCGUGACUGUGGGAAAAAGUUCACUCAUAGAUCAGGUCUUUUUCAUCAUCAGAGAAUCCAUACAGGGGAGAGGCCCUAUGAAUGCAGUGAGUGUGGGAAAACCUUCAAUCACAGCUCGCACCUUAUUACGCAUCAGAGAAUCCACACAGGAGAGAGGCCCUGUGAAUGCAGUGAGUGUGGAAAAACCUUCAAUUGCAGCUCACGCCUCAUUACCCAUCAGAGAAUCCACACAGGAGAGAGGCCCUAUGAAUGCAGUGUGUGUGGGAAAAGCUUCACUAGCAGAUCAACCCAUCGUAAUCAUCAGAGAAUCCACACAGGGGAGAGGCCCUAUGAAUGCAGUGAGUGUGGGAAAACCUUCAAUCGUAGCUCAAACCUUAUUACCCAUCAGAGAAUGCACACAGGUGAUAAACCCUAUGAAUGCAGUGAGUGUGGGGAGACCUUUUUUUGGAGCUCAGCCCAUGUUAGGCAUCAGAAAAUCUGCAAGGGAGAUCAACACCAUAAAAGCCUCUAGGGCUAUCAAGGCUUCUUUUUUUUAAUAAUACUUUGGCUGAUUCCCACAUAGUGAUAUUUAAAGCUGUUUCAACUGUUUGCAGCACUGCUAUCCCCCAGCUUGUCCAGAUGAGGUGCCCAUUUUGGCAUUUUUCAGUUUGCCCCGUUUUGAGGUAACCCCUUUGUCCUUUCUAUCAACUCCAUUGUCCCAUGAAGCUAAGCAGAGGUAAGAAUCCUUACAUGCUUCCCACAACAACCAAAUUGCUGCUGCAUCUCUUUUGGCAGUACUAGAGGGUUUGUAUACGAGGAUAUAUUGAGCCAGUCUAUCCUCUAGGUCCAAAAUGGUGCAGACAUCAGCUAAGGCUUGUUCUGUCCAAGGACUGUGCCUAAAUUUGUGAAGGAUUUGUUUAAAAGGAGUGAUCUCCUGAACAAAUGGUGAGGUUGGGGCCACCUCCAGUUCUAUUUCCCCUUCAGGCAAAAGUUUACCCGGCCUUUUCUUGAACAUUUUUUAAAAGCUUGUUCAAACUUUCCCGUCACAGCUGACAGUUCAGCAAGCAACACAGCCUAGAUUCUGAAAUCAUAGCUGAAUAAUAUGAGCUCUGUAGUACUUUUAUGCAUAUAUUUACCUCUGCCUAUAUAUAUUCUUCAAGGCCAGGAGGUUGAUUCACCUCUGUCUAUAUAUAUAUAUCCUCAAGACCUGGGAGGUGGACAAACUCCUAUACCCUUCAGAGUUUGUCUGGUUACCCAAAUAAAAGUGCCAAGCUCUCUAGAGCUGGUGAUGUGCACACCAAUUUUCACAAUAACCAAGAUAUAUGCAAUAUUCCCCCUUUCGCAAUUCUCCACUAAAAUGUUAUACUUAGAAAAUAAAAACCAGCAGGAUCUUAUUCAGGGGAUAAGGCAAUAUGCCACGUUUAUUGUGAAUACAGAAAGAAUCAAGGUAAGUAACCAGUUAUAGUUCUAACUUUCCAUUCACUCACUCAUUCACCCACACACACAAGUUCUGCAAGGUUGUUAUUAUAGUUACCAGCCUAGAAGUUUCUUGUGCCAAGUCACUCGCCAGGUGGCCUGGACAUGAGGAUGGAGCCGGGCCUUGUCAGAUGUGCAUCCGAUGCUCCUGGAAGUUGGUUGCAGAACCAAAGUCCUCAGUCUUUAGGGUCUGUCUUUAUAGGGAUCCAUCCUCAUACAAGCCUAUGGGGUUUGCCUCGUCGUGCUGUUGUCAUGUUUGAAGUGAUAAUCAAUAACACAGAUGGCACAGCAAUGAUGGUUUGUUGUUAUCUUGUUCUUCGGUACCUCUGUCCUUGAGGCAGUUGAGGUGUGCCGUCAGGGUUAUUGGGUUAUCUCGCCCAGCGCAUUCUUCGGCCAAACGGUCCUGUCAGAGGAUAGUUGUUUUUCUUCCUCCAGAUGUGGUGUCAUUAUUAUUAUUCUAAGUCUGGCACCUCAAACUUUUAUUACUCAUCCAAACAUCCAACCGCAAUCACACUCUAUUCCACUUAACAUUUUUCCUAUCACAUCCAUAUUUUAUUACCUAUUCAUUCUUUAACAUAACCAUUCUAAAAUCAUUCGGGCUUGACAGGCUCCAAUAAACCUGUUCAUACCACUUGUUACACAGGAAAAGAAAACAAGCCAGAUAAAAAUGCAAGAGUGGGGGUUAACAGAUCUUCCUGAGUUCAGGAAAACAGUUGUAACAGCAGCUGUCCUUAAGGGUACUCUUAUCACUUGAGAACAGACUUUUUGUCUCGGGAUGUGCUUCUACAAUUAACACAGACCAUAUAAACAGACAGGCAUAUUUCAAUUAACACAAACUCAGCAAGUUGAGCGGUGUAUUUCUUUCUAAUGAUCAGGCUGAAUCCGGGGUCUGUUUUGGGCUAUUGUUUCUCACAUUUUCCCAGAACAUAAAUGUAUUAAUUAUUACUUUAAUCCAACACCAUGCACAGUUUAUCUUCAUCACAUUCUAUCCCUCCGCUUCUCAAAGUGUCAUGUGAUAAAGUGUUCUCAGCUGUCUGUGCUUGGAGACGAUACUUUGACUUUUUUAAUCUUAUAUCAGAGUUGCUAUGACUGGAGAUAAAAGUGUCAAAGACCUGGAAGGGGAAUUCAAAUGGAUCCCAAACACAGUGUGAUCAUUUGGAGUUAAAAAUCCCAGAUUCCAUCUAUUGGUAAAGCCACUUCUGGCAAGCUGGCUGUUUUGUCCCCCAUUAUGGGAAUGCUAGGAUACUAAAAAUUUUGUUUCAGAGUUGUAGCUGUGUUAGUCUGUAUCAGAAAAAACAAUGAGGAGUACUUGUGGCACCUUAGAGACUAACAAAUUUAUUUGGGCAUAAGCUUUCUUAUGCCCAAAUAAAUUUAUUAGUCUGUAAGGUGCCACAAGCAUUCCUCAUUGUUUUUAAAAAAUUUGUAAAUAUCGUAAGUGACUAUUGAGACAGUGCUGAGUGAAGCAGGGUUGAAUGGAUCAGAGGAGAAUGUGAUGGGAAAAUCUCUUGUCCUGAUUCUGAGUAAUCAGAUAUAACCUGCUCUGGAAUUUCACUUGACACUUUCAUUGUCAAGUAUUCUAUCUCUCUCUGAUGUGGGUUUCUAGCUUUCCUGAAAGCUGUUUGGUCACCCAAUUGGAUAUUCUGUUUGAUAGGAUGUAGCUCAGAUUUUAUUGGAGAAUUUAAGACAAAUGGCCAUUUGCUGAAGUCAUCAUUUCUCACUUCAGCUUUGCUUUUCCCCCACCCCUCCAUGAUGACAUGGAGGAGGUUCAAGUGCAGUUCUGUCAACAGGAGACAACACUCCAAUUUACUGGACAUGCUAACAGAGUAACAGUGGUGAUUUAAAAUCUCCACUCAGAAAUGGUGAACAACAGCCGAACCCCAACUAACUCAACAAAGUGUGCCCUUGUUGCCAAGAAGGCCAAUGGCAUUUUGGGAUGUAUAAGUAGGGGCAUUGCCAGCAGAUUGAGGGACGUGAUCGUUCCCCUCUAUUCGACAUUGGUGAGGCCUCAUCUGGAGUAGUGUGUCCAGUUCUGGGCCCCAAGCUACAAGAAGGAUGUGGAAAAAUUGGAAAACGUCCAGUGGAGGGCAACAAAAAUGAUUAGGGGGAAGGAGCACAUGAUUUAUGAGGAAAGGCUGAGGGAACUGGGAUUGUUUAGUCUGCGGAAGAGAAGAAUGAGGGGGGAUUGAUAGCUGCUUUCAACUACCUGAAAGGGGGUUCCAAAGAGGAUGGCUCUAGACUGUUCUCAGUGGUAGCAGAUGACAGAACAAGGACUAAUUCAGGGGGGAGGGAUAACUCAGUGGUUUAAGCAUUGGCCUGCUAAACCCAGGGUUGUGAGUUCAAUCCUCGCAUUUAGGGAUCUGGGGCAAAAAUUGGGGAUUGGUCCUGCUUUGAGCAGGGGGUAGGACUAGAUGACCUCCUGAGGUCCCUUCCAACUCUGAUAUUCUAUGAUUCUAAUGGUCUCAAGUUGCAGUGGGGGAGGUUUAGGUUGGAUAUUAGGAAAAAACUUUUUCACUAGGAGGGUGGUGAAGCACUGGAAUGGGUUACCUAGGGAGGUGGUGGAAUCUCCUUCCUUUGAGGUUUUUAAAGUCAGGCUUUAGAAAGCCCUGGCUGGGAUGAUUUAGUUGGGGAUUGGUUCUGCUUUGAGCAGGGGGUUGGACUAGAUGACCUCCUGAGGUCCCUUCCAACCCUGAUAUUCUAUAAUUCUAUGAUCAUAGUCUAGUACAAUUGGUUAAGUCAAUACUGUCUCAGAUGAUCUGGCAGAGAAUUCCAUGGUAAGUGAUUUUGAACUAGGCAAAAUGCCCUUGUAUUUGGUUCCCAAAGCAUUUGUAAUGCAGGCCCCAGAGAAGAUCUCUCCUAGCUAAUCCUAUGAUAUGGGGAAUGCCUCCCUUUAUGACGCAGAUAUUGAGGAAAUAGAAGUGGGGGUUUUGUUGAAUUUAUCCAUUGUAUGUGCUACAAAGUGUGUAUAAAAUGAAAUCAGUAUUGGAAAUUUAGUAGAGGCAGAAAAAUAGCUAUUUUUGAAUAGAAACUGAAGCUCUGGUAACUAACAGAGAUUCUGAUCCAGCCCUGUAUGCAGACCCUUGCCUGGAACUGUGCCACCAAAUUAAAGAAAUCUGGGCAUGUUUCGGGAGCCAUUCACUGCUGAGAUUUUGAGUAGUUUUGUAAAGGAUUUUACUUCAGAGAAGUGUAAAUUUACCCUAACCAAGGCCAAGGAUUUGGAAAGAACUGGGGCUGAAAGAGUACACACUCGGUUCUUGGUUUCCACCCCAGUAAAGGAAGCUCUGGUGACCAAUGACCGAAGGAAAAUUGUUUGUACAACUCCACUUACUAGUGCAGUGUCACUGAUUACAGUUCCAAAGGAUGCCAGGGUUAGAUUGAGAAUGAUCAUCCUUCACCGUUUGGAUGCAAAGAGAGAGUGUUUCAUAGGACAUUCCUUCCCCGUGGAUCCCAAACUGGCUGCCUAAUUGGGUAACAAGGACUUUCAGGCUGUAGAAAUGAUGGAAACCAAUGAGGCAACGAAUGUGUCAGGCUCCAAUUUCAGACGUCUGGAUAUUCGCAUGUUGAGUCCUGAUUCUCUGGUUUUGUGUCUGACGUUCUGGCUACACAAUAAAGCUGAUGUUGGCGCAGAUGCACCGAUGUAACUGCGCUGGUGUUGCACUGUUAUUACACAUGCUCUAAGCCAAUGGGACUAAUCAAUUAAGGUGGGCUAUUAUCAGCAGGAGAAAAAAAACUUUUGUAGUGAUAAUCAGGAUGGCCCAUUUCAAACAGUUGACAAGAAGGUGUGAGCAACAGUAGGGGCGAAAUUAGCAUGGGGAAAUAGUUUUUAGUUUGUGUAAUGACUCAUCCAAUCCCAGUUUUUAUGCAAGCCUAAUUUAAUGGUGUCCAGUUUGCAAAUUAAUUCCAGUUCUGCAGUUUCUUGUUGGAGAGGUUUUUGAAGUUUUUUUUUGUUGAAGAAUUGCAACUUUUAAGUCUGUAAUUGAGUGUCCGGGGAGAUUGAAAUGUUCUUCAACUGGUUUUUGAAUGUUAUAAUUCUUGACAUCUGAUUUGUGUCCAUUUAUUCUUUUGCGUAGAGACUGUCUGGUUUGGCCAAUGUACAUGGCAGAGGGGCAUUGCUGGCACAUGAUGGCAUAUAUCACAUUGGUAGAUGUGCAGGUGAACGAGCCCCUGAUGGUGUGGCUGAUGUCAUUAGGUCCUAUGAUGGUGUCCUUUGAAUAGAUAUGUGGACAGAGUUGGCAAGAAACUUCUGUCUCAGACCUUUCAAACUCAUCACACCUAUUACACUGAUUUUAUGAUAUUUAUCCAGGAAGCAUAGCAGUGAGAUCUCUGCUGAAAGCUUGUAAAUUAUUGUUACUCCUAAUCACUGCAAGAGGUGUGUACGAGUCAUAUUUAAGGAGUAAUGUAAGUACAUGGAAAAUUAUGCCCUUAUGGUAUUGUCAUGAAAGUCAGUCACCCUAGUCACAGGUCUUGGUGGGGAUGGCACAUUCAAGUGGGAGGGAAUUGUCACCCAUUCCUUGCUAACCAGUUAUGUGAUGUAUUGCUCAAUUGUCAACCUUUGCACCAACCCAAAAAACCCCAUGGAAAACUAUCAAAGACAAACUAUAGACAUCGAAACCCUAUGGCAGUGAAAAGGACUAUAUUCACAGAAAGGACAAUCUCCUCGUUGUCAUAAAGACAAAAGACUGAUUCAGUUUAUAACAGGGCGGAGAAACACACUUUGGCUCCAUUCAACAAGGAGAUCCCUAAUGACCAGUGGUGCUUCAUGAAAGGCAGGGCCCUGGCUCCUAGGGACUAGCAAUCACUGCAAUAGACUGAAAUGUGAGGUGAGAAUCUAUUUAGAUAGGAAAGGUAACUAUUAAAAAGUGUAGGUUGCAUUUUGUGAUUUUGUUUUGUUGGUAACUGUUUCUGUCACCCACAUAAAUCUCUCUCCCUUGUUAAAUAAAUUUCCGUUUGUUC